UGAUGGUCUGAAACGUCAGCGUUUAAACUCUGCGAAAUUGUCCUGUACCGGGAUCCGGAACAAAGAAGGGAAAUCCGAAAUCUCCAUAGCUUUGAGCUUUCCCCCCGCCGUAGAUGAACCGUAAAACUAUACGUACGCCGCCGAUCAGUCUGUGAUCACUCAUCGCACGCGAUAAUGGACGCGGAAGGGCAACGGACGCCUUCGAACCCUUCGGCAGUGCUCGCCGCUCUCUUGUCGAAACGAGCCAAGCUUCACGAGGAGCUCAAGAGCAUUGAGAAGCAGGUUUACGACAUGGAGACGAGUUAUUUGCAGGAUCCGAGCCAAUGUGGGAACGUGUUGAAAGGUUUUGAAGGGUUUCUGUCAUCGUCAAAAAGCACAACACUCUUAAAAAGAUCAAGGAAGUUUCAACCGGAUGAUAGGCUUUUUUCGCUAUCCUCUGUAACUUCGCCAGCGGCUGAGGAAGUAGCGGUUGGGCGUGAUGGUGCAGGUAUACCUGCAAAUGGACAGGGGAAACCGAAGAAAGGUAGGGGAGGCCCGAGAGAGGCGAAGAGAUUGCGCCAUUCUAGCGAACCAGACUACGACUAUGAAGAUGACCUUGAUAUGAUGUAGUUAUUAUGGCUUGGCUUUGAGAUAGCAAGCUGGUUGGUUUUGGGAGAAAAAUGAGGAUUUUUAGACAACCCUGCUUGCAACAAUGGUAGUAUGGUACUGUUUCCCCUAUAUGAUGUACAAAUAUCACUCUAACUAUCUCAGAGUGCCAUGCUUUAAAACGCCAGCCUCUAUAAAACUAACUUCGGUCUUGUAUCUUCUUAAUCGAACUCGACUCAAGUGAUAAAGAGUUUGAGUUGUUUAAGUAUAAGAUCAAGAGUUUGAACUUAUAUUUAUGUUGGAGUAACUACUGAAAUAUAUUUACUCUUUUUUUUUUGA